AUGACAGAUGAGCACCAAAGAAAGACGGCGGUUCAGACCAUCGCCGCGGUCUUCCUGCCUAUCGCCACCAUCACGGUGAUGAUGCGCAUCUAUGUCCGCGGUUGGAUCGUAAAGGCAUUUGGAUGGGAUGAUGGGGCUAUGGUAAUAUCAUUGCUAUUCUAUGCCAUGUUCUGCGGAACCAUGAUCGGAGGCUCGAUUUAUGGUACAGGGUAUAAGCUCGAAAACCUCGCUGUCGAAAAUCGUAUCAUCGCAAUGAGGUACUGGUGGCUCUGCGAGAUCGCCUACUGCUUCGCCUCGGUUGCAUGCAAGAUCUCCGUCUGCAUCUUCUUAAUGCGCAUCACUAUACGACCCCUCCACAUUUGGAUUCUCUAUACCGUCAUGGCUUUGACCGUCAUAGCAGGCCUGGUUUUCAUGUUCCUCAUGCUCCUUCAGUGCAGGCCACUCGAAUACUUCUGGACGAAGCUGGCCUACGAUCCUAAUAUUAUAGGAAAAUGCAUGGAUAUGAAGAUCAUCGUUAUCAUGACCUACAUUUACAGUGCAUUUGCCGCAUUGUGCGAUUUCACCGUCGGCAUCUUGCCCAUCUUCCUCGUCCACAAACUUCACAUGAAGCGUCAGACCAAGAUCGCUGUCAUGGGAAUCUUAAGCAUGGCUUGCAUUGCUUCAUCCGCGGUUAUCAUCCGUGUCCCCUUUGUCGCAACAUUCUAUGACCCCGACUUCCUCUACGCAACAUUCCAAAUUGCCAUCUGGUCCAACGUCGAAGCAGGCCUCGGCAUUACAGCCGGUAGUCUCGCAACCCUCCGACCACUCCUCCGUAUCUGGACCGGUUCUCACUCAGACCCAUACUACUCGGCUGGCUUUCCCGGCGGUCGUUCACGGUCUGCCUCGCGCCCGUUGGGAGGAACUGAAAACAGACCUUUUCCUUUAGGCUCGCUGGAUGAUAGCGGUCAGUCUCGCUUGAGACCAGAUAAGCUUGCUGUCACUGUCACGACUAUCCAGAGCCGGAGAGAUCGUGAGGAUACAUAUUCCACGAGCCCGAGUAGCAGCGAGGAGAGGUUGACUAUUGAUCGGCCUUCGCCUCGAUUGCCUGAUCUGGGGUUGGGGAUUCAUCGCACGUUUGAGGUUACGCAAACUUCGGCGGAAAGGGAUGAUGCUGAACGGAUGAUUGUGCGGGAACAUGUAUGA